CACCAUGCCCCAGCUCGGUGGCGGUGGCGGCGCCGGCGGCGGCGGCGGCGGCGGAGGAGGAGGCGGAGGCGGCGGCGGCUCGGGAGCCGGGGCGGCCAGCGGCGGGGACGACCUCGGGGCGAACGACGAGCUGAUCCCCUUCCAGGACGAGGGGGGCGAGGAGCAGGAGCCGAGCAGCGACAGCGCCUCGGCGCAGCGGGAUCUGGACGAGGUCAAGUCGUCCCUGGUCAACGAGUCGGAGAAUCAGAGCAGCAGCUCGGACUCGGAGGCGGAGAGGCGCCCGCAGCCCGCCCGGGACGCUUUCCAGAAGCCGCGGGACUAUUUCGCCGAAGUGAGAAGGCCCCAGGACGGCGCGUUCUUUAAGGGACCCGCAUACCCGGGGUACCCCUUCCUGAUGAUCCCGGACCUGAGCAGCCCGUACCUCUCCAACGGCCCCCUGUCUCCCGGAGGAGCGCGCACGUACCUACAGAUGAAAUGGCCCCUCCUCGAUGUCCCCUCCAGUGCCACAGUCAAGGACACCAGAUCACCAUCUCCAGCACACUUGUCUAACAAAGUUCCCGUUGUUCAGCACGCACAUCACAUGCACCCGUUGACACCCCUCAUCACCUACAGCAACGACCACUUCUCCCCUGGCUCCCCUCCUGCACACCUGUCCCCAGAGAUCGAUCCAAAGACAGGAAUCCCUCGGCCCCCUCACCCGUCUGAGCUGUCACCAUAUUACCCACUAUCUCCUGGAGCUGUUGGACAAAUCCCCCAUCCCCUCGGCUGGCUCGUCCCACAGCAAGGACAGCCCAUGUACUCCCUCCCUCCUGGUGGCUUCCGGCACCCUUACCCUGCCCUUGCCAUGAACGCGUCGAUGUCCAGCCUGGUCUCCAGUCGGUUCUCCCCACACAUGGUGGCUCCUGCCCAUCCUGGCCUGCCCACCUCAGGGAUCCCCCACCCAGCCAUCGUCUCCCCUAUUGUCAAACAGGAGCCAGCACCUCCCAGCCUGAGCCCCGCGGUGAGCGCGAAAUCCCCCGUCACCGUGAAGAAGGAGGAGGAGAAGAAGCCACACGUGAAGAAGCCUCUGAACGCCUUCAUGUUGUAUAUGAAGGAGAUGAGGGCCAAGGUGGUGGCUGAGUGCACCCUGAAGGAAAGCGCGGCCAUUAACCAAAUCCUGGGAAGAAAAUGGCACAACCUGUCUCGAGAAGAGCAGGCCAAAUACUACGAGCUGGCCCGGAAGGAGCGGCAGCUUCAUUCCCAACUCUACCCCACCUGGUCAGCGCGGGACAAUUACGGUAAGAAAAAGAAGAGGAAGAGAGAAAAGCAGUUGUCACAGACACAGUCACAGCAGCAAGUCCAAGAGGCAGAGGGUGCUCUGGCCUCCAAGAGCAAGAAGCCAUGCGUUCAGUACCUGCCCCCUGAGAAGUCUUGUGACAGCCCUGCCUCCUCCCAUGGCAGCAUGCUAGACUCCCCUGCCACCCCCUCUGCCGCCUUAGCCUCACCAGCUGCCCCGGCUGCCACCCACUCAGAGCAGGCGCAGCCCCUCUCCCUCACCACCAAGCCGGAGACGCGGGCGCAGCUGGCUCUGCACGCAGCUGCCUUCCUGUCCGCUAAGGCCACAGCCACUUCGCCCAGCCAGAUGGGCAGCCAGCCUCCUCUCCUCUCCCGACCCCUCCCGCUAGGAUCCAUGCCCACUGCUCUGCUCACCUCCCCCCCUUCCUUCCCAGCCACACUCCAUGCCCACCAGGCCCUCCCUGUGCUCCAGGCCCAGCCUCUUUCCUUGGUCACCAAGUCUGCCCACUAAGCUAUCUCCUCCCCACCCCCCACCCCCACCCCAUCUAUGCAGGCUGUCACGUGACUCAUUGAGUAGUAAUCAUUCAGAAGAAGAAAAAAAAACAAAAAGGAAACUUUAUUGGUCAAUAUUUGACCACUCUGGACUGUUUUGUAAAGUGACUGGUAACCAACGGCACUUUACAUUUUGUAGAUGUAACCAGUAGCUGAUCUUCAGGCUUUUUUUUUUUUUAAUAAAAGAAAAACAAAAGUAAAAAAGAAAAAAAAAACAAAAUAACAACAAAAAAAAAACCUAUACAAGAAAGAGAACUGAAAAGUAGUGUGUUAUUCUCCCUGUGUGUGCGGUGGUGGCCGAGUCUGGGCAGGAGACCCCUUCUCUCUACCUCUCUGCUAUCCGUCUGCCCUUCUCUCUCCUCUCCGGUCCCCGCCUGGCCGAGCUUUGGUGGACAGGAUGGCUGGCGCCUCCUCAUCCAAAUCCAUUCCUGUUCCCGAGCCUGCUCUUCCCACGCGCUCACCACCAUGACUUCUCCCCCUUGUCCUCUGCCCAGUGGAAGGCUGUGACCAUGUGUGAAGACAUACCGGCCAACCUCCAACCCCUGGGGGCAAACAGGUCCUCUGAAAUGGUUCCCCACCCCACAUGUAAAGGGACGCAAGGUGCCUGUCAUUUCCUCUGUGAAGAAGUCAGUGUUCCUCCUCCCUCACCAGCCAAGACCCAGCCCGCAGCCUCAGCGGGCGGGCAGGACCCGGCCCCAGGGCCUGCCUCCCGUCACCUGGGGCUGCGCUAGCACAACCUGCCAAAGUUCGUAAGACCCUCUGCCCUCUCCCCAACACUUCACAUGCUUCUUCUGUGUCUAUUUCAUUUUUGUUUUUAAUGGGUUUUUUUUUUGGAACAAUUUAAAUUCCCAGUUGUUUAUUUUCACAAAAGAAAAUAAAAUUGCAGUUGCAAGA